GAACCUAGCCCUGGACCAUCGCCGCCUUGGUUUGUAACAGCACCGACUUUGCCCUAGUAAGUGUACAUUUGCCCUAGUACGAGAAAGCCGGAGCGCCGGCCUACAUUCCGCUCCUGUUAGUUCGACUGAAGAUCAACUGUCGUUGUGCUGGGGUGAAGCACAGUCGAACUAACCAGAGUGGAAUGUAGGCCGGCGCUCUUUCUCCUACUAGGGCAAAUGUACACACAGCCGACCCUGCCAUCUUGCCUUUUUCUUGGCUUGCAUACGCGGCAUCGAGUGGGUGUGGCCUUAUUUGGACAGGCGCACACGAUUGCGAGUGAUUUGCGAGUCGCCGGAAGUCGCUACGCGCUGGGUCCGUACACUCCAGUUGAUCCCUCUUUUGUCUCUUUCUCUCUUUCCCUCCCUCUCUCUUUCCUUGCAGGAGACACUGAUAUCCGGAGACACUCCCCAAUACCCCGUAAGUGUGCCAUUUCACUGCAUCACUCUAUACUCAUUAAUUUUUACCAUAGCCUUAGAUUGAAAAGAGCAAUCAGUGGAAAUUACAUUCUUUGCCUAUAUUGCAAAUUCUCCUUUUUGUCACAAUUUUCUUGUCAGCUAAGAGUACACUAAUGCAGCACUAAAUUAUGCAAACUUGUGCAAGCUUUGACAUAGUUGUGAUGUAAAAUCCACCCCCUGUAUGAGCUGAAGAAUGAGUGACCUAGCGAUUCCCACACAUUCUGAACAACAUUGUGUAAUGGCAUUGAUCUGCAGCAUUUCUAAAAGAGCAAUCAGUGGAAAUUACAUUCCAGCAUUUCUAAAAGAGCAAUCAGUGGAAAUUACAUUGCUGGUCUUGCAAAUUCCCCUUUUUUCCACUAUUUUCCUGUCAUCUAAGAGUAGACACUAGUUGCAGCACUAAAUUAUGCAAACUUGUGCAAGCUUUGACACAGUUGUGAUGUAAAAUCCGCCCCCUGCAUGAGCUGAAGAAUGAGUGAC